AUGGUCAAAGACAAAGACACCGUAAUCCACGAAUUCCACGACCUAGUAAACAUGUCCCCCGCCGAACUCUGGUCCUGGCUCCAAAAAGAACAAUCCCAAUCCUCCGGCUGGCAAAGUGAAUCCGGCGGCGAAACGAUAGGCCACGAGAGGUACUUUCCCGUUUCCCAAUUUUCCGCAAAUCCGGUUUUUGAAGAAAACGAACUCAGCGGUCGCCGUAUCGUCGAUAUCCUUGCGCAUAAUCCUGAUCGGGACCCAGAGGAGUAUACGGAGCAUGAUAUUGAGCAUAUGAGGAAGACGGUGGCGUAUUGUAAGAGGCAUUUGGCGCAGGAGGAGAAGGCGAAGAGUGAUACGGGGAGUAAGAGUUAUCGGUCGUUGAAGAAUUGGGGGCAUGAUGUUUUGAAGGAGUAG